UCUGCUUCUCAAAUAUUUGUGCGACUUCAGUUAGGAAUAAAUAUAUCCACAGCUGCCUAAGCAAGCUUGGGAAAUCACUGCAGAUUCCCACAAGGCAUCCAUCCACAUUUGCAAAGGAGGAACCAUGGCCAAGAGAGUAGCCAUCGUUGGGGCGGGUGUGAGUGGACUGGCCUCUAUCAAGUGCUGCCUGGAAGAGGGAUUGGAGCCCACCUGCUUUGAGAGGACAAGAGACAUCGGGGGAGUUUGGCAGUUCACGGAGUAUGUGGAAGAUGGAAGAGCCAGCAUGUACAAAUCUCUGGUUAGUAACACUUGUAAGGAGAUGUCGGCAUUCACAGACUUUCCCUUCCCAGAAGAUUUCCCGGUCUUUUUACCCCAUGCUAAGUUACUGGAAUAUUUGCAUCUGUACACAAAACACUUCAAUCUUCGGAAGCAUAUUCAGUUCCAGACUACAGUGAUCAGCAUAAAGAAGCGCCCCGACUUCUCGACCAGUGGCCAGUGGGAUGUCAUCACAGAGACCAAUGGGAAGCAGAAGUCGGCCAUCUUUGAUGCAGUGAUGGUUUGCAUUGGUUACCUCACUGAGCCCUCGCUGCCUCUCGACUCUUUCCCUGGUAUAGACAAGUUUAAUGGGCAGUAUUUCCAUAGUCGGGACUACAAAACUCCAGAUGUAUUCGCAGGUAAAAAAGUCCUUGUUGUUGGCAUGGGAAAUUCAGGAGUCGAUAUUGCCGUGGAAGCUGCUCGCACAGCAAAAAAGGUGAUGAUCAGCACAAAUAGAGGUGCUUGGGUGAUAAGCCGGGUGUUUGAUGAUGGCUAUCCAUGGGACAUGGUGUUCCUCACUCGUUUCCUGAAUAUUAUCCGGAAUUCCCUCCCUGGCCGCGCUACCAUGUGGCUCAUUGCUACUCGAGUGAACCAGUGGUUUAAUCAUGCAAACUAUGGGCUGGUCCCAAAGGACAGAUCUGUGAUGAGAGAGCCAAUAUUGAAUGAUGAACUCCCUGGAUGCAUCAUUACUGGGAAGGUGUCUAUCAAGCCUGGUGUGAAGGAGUUCAAGGAAAACUCUGUUGUGUUCAAGGACAGUCAGGAGGAAGAGGAAGUGGAUGUUGUUGUCUUUGCCACGGGCUACAAAGCCUCUUUUCCUUUCAUUGAUGAGUCCAUCAUUGAGGUUGAAAACAAUCAUGCCUCCUUGUACAAAUACAUUUUCCCACCUCGACUGGAAAAGCCAACAUUGGCAUUCAUAGGCUUUCUCAAACCUCUUGGGGCAAUCAUGUCAGUUGUGGAAACUCAAGCACGCUGGGUCACCCGAAUCUUUAAUGGCUUAUGUAAGUUGCCUCCUGUGAACACAAUGCUGGAAGAGGUCAAUGAAAAGAAGAAACACAAGCUCAAUUGGUUUGGCUUCACCUUUGAUGAGGUUCUGAAAACAGAUUGCCUUGUUUACAUGGACCAACUGGCCUCCUCAAUUGGUGUAAAGCCCAGUGUACCAGCUCUUCUUCUCCGCGAUCCAAAAUUGGCCAUUAAGAUCUUCUUUGGGCCUUGCUCUCCCUACCAGUUCCGCCUGGAUGGACCUGGGAAGUGGGAUGGAGCCAGAAAUGCCAUCAUGAGCCAGUGGGAGAGGACCCUGAAGCCUAUGAGAACCCGGGUGGUAGAAGACACAUCCAGUUUUAUUGCAUACCUACUGAAAGCUCUUGCCCUGUUCGCAGUUGUUGUUGGGAUCCUCUACAGUUUCAAUUAGUUCUGACAGCUGUAUGGCAUGGCUGUCUGUCUAUCCAGAUAUCUACUUUCUUUCUGUGUCCAGCAUUUUGUAGGGGAAAGCAGGACAAAGCAGAAUUCAGAUUUGGGCAAUUUGAGCAUUGAUAUCUUUCUUUACUGAUAUGUUUUUAAAAUGGAAGUCUCCUCGAUACCAAUACAUAAGAGAGAUCUCAGUAAAAAGGCAAGAGUUUUCUUCAGCAAUCCCUUGUUGUCCCAACUCUGAUGCUAUCAAGCAGUGGCAUAACAAGUAGAUGGAACCAGAUACAGUAUAUACAAUUUCCAUGGUGUUGGUGUUGGAAAGUGCAGUCAAGUUGCAGCUGGCUUAUGGCGACCCCAUAGGAUUUCAUGGCAAGAGACUAACAGAGGUCGUUUGCUAUUGCCUGCCUCUGGACUUCCUUAGCGGUCUCCCAUUAAGGUACUAACCAGGGCCAACCCUGUUUAACUUCCAAGAUCUAGUGAGUCUGGGCUGGCCUGGAUCAUCUAGGUCAGUUUCCAUGGACAUAGUUAAAUCGAGCAGGUGUCCAGUGGCACCUUAAGGACUAACAACAUUCCUUCAGGUGCAUAUGCAAGCAACAGAAAGGUGGGAAUUACAAAGAGAGUAGGAACAAUAUUGUUUCAGCAGGAACAAAUAAUUCGACACUCACUACGUGUGCAAUCAUAACUCAGCAUGGCCCAUACUUUAUGGGAGUUCUUAUCAUGUCUCUUGCGGCCCCUUCCUUGACUGAAUCUGAUUCUAUGUUUGUCCUACUUUGCCCCGCCAUCUUCUUUUCGGAGUAGGGCUAGUUCAAUUGGAAUGGAUCAUUUCUCUUUAAUAACAGUGUACUUAUAUACCACUCUUCUAGACAGAUUAGUACCCCACUCAGAGUAGCACCAGUGAACAAAGUCUCUUUGAUUGAUUACUGUUCCAGACUGGUCUCUCUUUGAAGACUUCUGUUUAACUUUUCUGCAACAGACUAACAUGGCCUCUGGUAUCAGGUGCACAGUUGAAAUCUUACAUUUAAUCCAACUGUAUUUGAUCAAGGUGGAUUUACACCACUUUAUGGACGUCUCCUGGUAUUAGAGAGGCCAGAGCUCAAGGUGGAUGGGGUAGGAAGAUGUCCACCCACUGCUUAGCUCAUUUAAGGCUGCCAUAUUGUCUGAACCAGCUCGGUAUUUACCAGUUCUUGCACUAUUUGCACUUUUCUAUGCAGUUUUUAUGCAAAUCAAUACGAUUUAUAUAUUUGGAGUGCAGAGGUCUCUAUGCUAUUUCUGCAACUUUCAGGCACUAUUUAUUUACUCUGUAAUAAAUAGUAUGCAACAAAAAACAUUAAUGAUGUAAGAAGAGCCCUGCCUUUCAUUUUAAAGUCUUCGUCCUUAAGAUCAAUAAAGGACGAAGCUACAGGGACUUUUGCAGAGACCCAAGAUCAGUACUAGGCUUUCACCCGUAGCAUGCUAGGGGCCUUUAGAAAGGACUCCAAAAGAGCACGAAGGCCACUGCUGUCCCCUACAGAUAGAGCCACUCUCUACAAUUAUUAGGGUUGCCAGCCUCCAGGUAGGGCCUGGAGAUCUCCCAGAAUUACAACUGAUCUUCUGCUGACAAAGAUCUGUUCUCUUGGAGAAAAUGGAUGCUUGGGAGAGUGACGUCUGUGGCAUUAUAUCUCAGCGAGCUCCCUGCCCAGGCUCCACCCCCAAAAUCUCCAGGAAUUUCCCAAGGUGGAGUUGGUACCCUGCUCAGCAUGGAGAGAUUCAAAAAGAGUACAAAGGCUACUGCUGUCCCCUACAACUCUCUACAACAGUAUCCAGAGGUAUUCCUACUCUGUCUGAGCGCUUAUGGUCAAUUGUCAGUGAUCCAUCUGACCUUGUCGAAUUUCUUUUUCAAGCCAUCUGUAAGAAAAGGAUUCCCAGUCCUCUUCUCCCGAGGUGCAUGGGGCUCAUCUGGCAUUUGACCUGGGCCUGCUCACAACCAAAAUGAGAAUUGUGUGCAUGCUUUUGUCACUUAUAGAACUCUCUUAAUUUACAAAGGGCCUUACAGGUUUAGAUUUUUAGACCUGCAUCAUUAACACAUAUUACAAUAAAUUAAAUGUUUUUCAAACAGAGAUUUUUAACAAUUACCAAAUUAGAAGAAAACAAUGGUGUAAUGAAUGACUUUGUCAUAUAAAAGAGCAGUAAUAGUACUUGUAUUGAUCUUUCCUAAAAUUAAUAAACAUAGCAACCAAAAUGA